AUGGCUCCCGCGAAAGCUCAAAGCGUGGAUGAAGAGACACCUCUGCUUCGUUCGGGCACAGAUGACGACUAUCCGGGUUUCGACAUUGCCCGAGUUCAAUCUAUCAUCAGUGUAGAUGGAAUAGAGCCUACGAUCACGACCCUUAUCGCUCCGGAUAACGGCAAUUCCUGCUGUGCCAACAACGAUGGAACAACAGAGGACCAAAAGACAGAGGGACAUCCUCAUUUCAUAAACGUUACCCAAAAAGAGUUCUGGUCGAUCUUCGCUGGCAUCCUGUUCGCCUGGCUGAUAGCCAUGUUCGACUCUACGUUGAUGGCCUCCAUACAUCCCGCCAUCACAUCGCAUUUCAACGCCGCAAACUCAGCAUCGUGGCUCUCAACCGUCUUCCUGUUGACUUCGACUGCCUUUCAACCUGUAUUCGGCCGCAUUUCGGAUGUCUUUGGCAGACGGCCGGUCUAUCUCUUCGCCGUUGCCGUUUUCUUCAUUACUACGGCUUGGUGUGCGACUGCUCAGAGCAUCAGCAGCUUCAUUGCUGCUCGCGCCUUUUGCGGUCUGGGUGCCGGAGGUGUCGUUUCGGCUGGGAUGAUCAUCAGCUCUGAUCUCGUCCGGAUAGAGUACAGGGGCAUGUAUCAGUCAUAUAUAAACCUGUGUAAUGGCAUCGGCUCUUCAUUGGGCGUGGCUUGUGGUGGUUAUAUAGCAGACACUCUUGGAUGGAGGGCUGCGUUUGGCAUACAGCUGCCCUUCAUCUUCGUCUACUUGAUAAUAUCAUAUUUCGUUGUCCCAGAUUCUCUAGGGCCACAGCUUGCUCGCAAUGAAGGUUGGACACUCAUGCAGGCGGUCAAGACGCUCGACAUAACGGGCUCAUUCCUGCUCAUCACCGGAGUCACCUCCCUAUUGCUUACUUUGAACCUGGGAGGAAACAUCCUGCCUUGGUCUCACCCAAUCAUCGUGGUGUCUCUUGUGGUGUUCUGCGUCUGUCUGAUCCCAUUCCUGGCAGUUGAGGCGAGGGCCAAACGACCGGUCAUGCCACUGCCUCUGCUGUCCACUUUCCCGCAGGCUAACCUGAUCCUGUCGAACUUCUUCGGAACCAUGGUUAUCAACACCAUCCUGUUCAACAUGCCACUAUUCUUCCAGGCGGUCAAGCUGGAAUCUCUGACCAGUUCCGGGCUGAGAAUCCUCGCUUCUUCUCUGGCGAUCAUGGGAUCAAGCGUGUUUACGGGCUUCUUUAUCACCUGGAGCGGACGAUUGAAGCCUAUGCUUAUAAUAGGAUUCGCCUUUUUCAUUCUUUCCUGCGUCGUUACUGGCUCCAUGAACAGAGAUACUCCCGGGUGGCUGGCGAUGCUCUUUUUGCUACCAUCAGGCUUCGGCCAGGGCUUCGCUAUGCCAACCACUCUGGUAUCGACUCUUGCAGUCAGCCCCCAGGCCGAGCAAGCCGUCACCACCACCACUCUCAGCCUGUUCCGUAGCCUGGGGUCGGUAUUUGGUGUUUCGGUAAGUAGCUGGACACUGCAGAACGCUCUGAUCUACUACUUGACACAGGCAGUCACUGGCCCUGAUAGACAAGCCAUCAUCAAGCGGGUUCGCCAGUCUAUUACUGAAAUACGUCUGCUGGACCCGAUGCAUCAAGGUCAAGUUAUCCAAGCGUAUGAGCAGGCUCUUCGCCUGACAUUUAUCGUCGGCGUUGCAUGGGCGUCAAUGUCCUUGCUCCUUGUACUGCCCGUCAAGCUAACUCGGCUAACCCGAAAGGCGUGA